CGCGCCCUCCCUCACCACCACCAAGUCCAAGCUCAUGUCGUUUCGCAUCCCCGAUUUUCGUUCGUCCUGGCAUGGAAGAAUCCGAUUCCGAGCUUGAGCCAGAAACAGUUGAGCGGCGACGUACGCGCGCGAGACUGGCAAAGGUUAAGCGCUGGACUGGAGAAAAUGUUCCAGUUGCGCUUGUAUCCUCGGUGCGGCGCUCUGCCGACGAACCAAGGUCACCGCGCGAAGUUGUGCAUGCACGAAGCAAGAGUGUACUAGCACCGCUUUCGACAGUCUCAAGCUCCUUGGAAAAGAGGAAUCACACAUUGCCAGAGGAGCAAGGAUUCGUGUCACCUUUCAAGACUCCGGCGGUCGAUCUCGCGGCGACAAUAACAACGCAAUCCGUCCGACCUCUUCCCAAACGACCGAGCGAGGAGUCUGAGGGAGAGAAGGAGAUUCGUCGAACUGCCAAGCUGUCGAAAUUCUUUGGUGUUCCCGCUACCCAGCUACCCCCUCCCCUUCCCAUCGCGGAUACAACCAUCGACAAGCAUACACGUGCCUUGACUGAACCAGUUGCAGAAGUUCACGUGCAUCUUUCUCGCACUCGAUCCUUCUCGUCCAGCUCUGCCGGGCACACCCAUACAACUUCAAUGUCGUCGUCACAGAUGGCUCGCACUAUGACCCCCUUCUCGGAGUACUCGUACGACAGCGAUGAUUCAGACAAGGCCGUUGAAGUGCGCGUCAGGCGCGGCAAAGGACGCACUGGCCGGACCACCAAGAAGGACGCCGUCCAAGGGCGCCUCGGAGAGAUGCAGAGCCAAGACUUUGCCCUGGUCAUGGACAAACUUCGACGAAUGAAGUAAGCUCUUCCGAGCGAGGUCAGCUUGCUGUGCGGCUGCUUUGCCACUCAAUAGAUUCGACACCUUUUUCUUUUGGUUUCCUGAAGCAUUUCUGAGUUCAUCGUUCACGUAAGUUCUCCAGCAAUCGCACACUUAUAAUGCACAUUCACUUCAUGACCUCUACAUGUACUGCAUAAACGAUUUUAACCUUUGUAUCAUAUAGUCGGUCGCGAGCGACUGCUACACCUUGCGCAAUUAU